GCCUGGGGGCUGUGGUGACUGCGCUGGCCCUGCUGGGGGCUGCCCACGCCAAGGACCUGCCUCUGUCGUCUCCUCUUCCGCCGCCCAGUUCCCCCGGCAAGAACAUCCCCUAGGAUGGCGGAGGAGAGCAGCAGUGCCAGUACCAGGGACUGCAUGUCCUUCAGCGUGCUCACCUGGGAUCAGGUGAGCCGGCUGCAUGAGGUCUUGACCGAGGUCGUGCCCAUCCACGGACGAGGCAACUUUCCAACCUUGGAGAUAACUCUGAAGGACAUCGUCCAGACUGUCCGCAGCCAGCUGGAGGAGGCAGGCAUCAAAGUGCGGGACGUCCGGCUGAAUGGCUCUGCAGCUGGCCACGUCUUGGUCAAAGACAACGGCUUGGGUUGCAAAGACCUGGACCUAAUCUUUCACGUGGCUCUUCCCACAGAGGCAGAAUUUCAACUGGUCAGAGAUGUGGUUCUGUGCUCCCUUCUGAACUUCCUGCCAGAGGGUGUGAACAAGCUCAAAAUCAGUCCAGUUACCCUGAAGGAGGCUUAUGUCCAGAAGCUGGUGAAGGUCUGCACCGACACUGACCGCUGGAGCCUGAUCUCCCUCUCCAACAAGAACGGGAGGAAUGUGGAGCUGAAAUUCGUCGACUCCAUCCGGCGUCAGUUUGAGUUUAGCGUGGACUCUUUUCAAAUCAUCCUGGAUUCUUUGCUCUUUUUCUAUGACUGCUCCAGUAACCCCAUCUCUGAGCACCUCCACCCCACGGUGAUUGGGGAGAGCAUGUACGGGGACUUUGAGGAAGCCUUCGACCACCUGCAGAACAGACUGAUCGCCACUAAGAACCCUGAGGAGAUCAGGGGCGGGGGACUGCUCAAGUACAGCAACCUUCUCGUGCGGGACUUCAGGCCCACAGACCAGGAAGAAAUCAAAACUCUGGAGCGUUACAUGUGCUCUAGGUUUUUCAUCGACUUCCCGGACAUCCUCGAGCAGCAAAGGAAGUUGGAGACCUACCUUCAAAACCACUUUGCCGAGGAAGAGAGGAGCAAGUACGACUACCUCAUGAUCCUUCGCAGGGUAGUGAAUGAGAGCACCGUGUGCCUCAUGGGGCACGAACGGAGGCAGACCCUGAACCUCAUCUCCCUCCUGGCCUUGCGUGUGCUGGCAGAACAAAACAUCAUCCCCAAUGCCACCAACGUCACCUGUUACUACCAGCCAGCUCCCUAUGUCAGUGAUGGCAACUUCAACAACUACUACGUUGCCCAUCCUCCAGUUACCUACAGCCAGCCGUACCCUACCUGGCUGCCCUGUAACUAACCUUGAGACCUGAGGGUUUCCACAGUGGGAACCCCAAUAGGGCAAGGGCUCUCAGGUAGGGGAGCCUCCUUUUAGAUGUAGGUGUUUGGCUUUUAAAGGGGAACUCAGCUCUGAUUCUGCUUUUUUUUCCUUUGUGUACCCAUUGGAUGGGUCUACAGUAUAUCAUGAGCCAACCCUGAAGGGCCCCGUUAUUCCAGUGCCACUUUGGAAAAUGCUAUAGGAAGUAUGACCUAUCCACAUCUUUCCAAGAUAGACACUAACAUGUCAUGUCCCAAACAUCAGCACAGUUGGAUUUGAGCUCUGUGCAAUGAUUGAGACUGGGGAAACGCUUGGGCAGGGUAUGAGAAGUAUUAAGCUACCUGUCUUCUCACUUGAGCCUGGAGUAGGCUGUGUGGGCCCUCGCUUGGGAUUCUCUGCAGUUACGUGGAAGUUGUGCUGAUAGUCUAUUUUCUUGUAUCAAUUUCAGUCAGGCAGUAAAUGAUAAACAUGAGGGUGCUCUUGUGACUUAAUUUUUGUUCGAGGACUAAAUUGCUUAUGUUUAUUCCCUGUCAGCAGAGCUGAGGAUUUCUUGCAUCAAUAAACCAAAGCCAGUAGCUGGAGACUGAGAUCUGGUUGGAAGUGGUUCCUGGUUUAAAUGCUGUGCUAUCAUGAGGAGUUGUGAGAUAUUGCUGAGAAAAAAAAUGAUCUUUUCUUGAAAUGUAACUUGAAAACAAAAUAAAAUGUGGAACAUAAUGUUAAAGUAGAAUUCUAGUGGUGGUGGUGGUGGUGGUGGAGUGAUUGUAAAUAGGAAACAUGAAUGUUCGAUUUUUUUUUUUCUUUAAGGAAUUCUUAUUGAAUGACACUUUUUUUUCCUUCAUCAUCUCAUCACUUUUGUUUUGCUCUUCCCAAGACUAAGGAUUGUGCUGAGUCUACAGUCGUUGUGGUAACUGACGUGAGGGUCUUCCCGUGUUUUUAAUUGGAAACCCAAUUUGGUCACAUUCCAAGUAUGACAAGCUGUUUUUCUGGAUUACUUUGGCUGAUUUUUUGUUUUUCUUUUGUCAAAAAUAGUGAUUCCCUUCUCUAAGUUUUUUUUGACAGCAAAUCAAUUCAGGAAUUUCAGUAAGACUGAGUGACCUAUGGGAUGAUCUGCUGUUGUGGGCAGAGUUCUUUGGCUUAAAAUUGCUACAGAAUCGAACCUGGUGUCCCCGUGCUGUGUGUGAGGUAGAGGUUUAGCGUUCAGUCCAGUCUCAUGUGCAUCGGAACUACCGAGGCACCUUGCAAUGAUCAAUUCUGGUGUAUUUGGGGAAGAAUGGAGUGAUUGAAGAAGAAUCUUCCUUAUUCUGGUGGAUUUGACCAACUUGUUUAUAUUCUGCACUUUAGAAGGAAAACAGUGUUAAUCUCUAGUCUAAAGCAAGCUUAGUAAAUGGGAGAGUUCUAGGCUACUGUUGCUUUAACAGUAGGUUUAGAUAAGGGAUUUUGUCUUUUGCAACUUUUUGUGGGAUCUAUUAGAUAGCAUCACUUUAGAGGAUCAAGGGCAAAGAAGCUCAGUAUUGCCAGCCAGCUUGGUUUCUAAUGUGAUUCAGUCAAAGCCGUGCACCUGAUUUGUGCUUUCUCCUGUAGCCAUAAAAAUCUCAAGCCCUGAGUGAUUGCUCUCUCCUUGCUUUAAGCAAUGAAUUUUACCUUAAUGCAGAAAUGCUUAGUAGAAAAUGAGUGGUUUACCUUUUUCUAAAGAUUAUAUUUUCAGGUUUUUUCUGGAAUGUGAUGUCUUGGUCCUCCUGAAAGCAGAUGUGGCUUAGCUGGUGUCCAUGUUGUGCUGCAUUAGGUGAAUAGAAGCCACUUCUUGGUGUAACCAGCUCCUGUUUCCCUGUGAGCCAUAGUUAUAUUUGAAUUCAUUGGCUUUGAGUCAAGUCUGAUUCUGCAUUGAGGGGGACCCCAGGGUGCUUCAGUGUUAAAAGGGGGGCAAUGAAGAGUGAAUCCCAGCUUUAAAAACUGUGUGGUCAUCCAUGACCUUAAAAGGCUGCCACUGUGGUCAGAUGGCAACACGUUUGCACAAAAAUGACAGAUCUGUUUAACUAAAGCUUUGAAAUGUGAUGAAGCCGCCAACAUAAGGACUUACUACAGAAGUCAGUAUUGCUUCUACUAGAAGGCUUGGGGACCAGGGUAAUGAGGCUCCAGGUGAAGAUAGGAUCAGAACCACAUCAAGUAAUUAAAUUUCCAGUUUGUCCUUGGAGUUCUUUCUGCUAUGUUUUUUUCCUGUAUGGUACUAGUUAUCCUUUGAGGAUGAAGGGAGGCACAGAAGUUGCUAGAAAUUCCCAACCCCCCAGUUCUUUACCACCAUUGCAUGAUGGCCAUCUUGGUAGAGUCUCUUCACCUGAAGUUCUUAGUCAGCCCAGCUAUAUUGGAGUUUGAGAGUAGACAUGUGUUCUAGAACCAUCAGAGUAAAAAGAUGUACACCAAAGCUGUAGUUUUAAAACACCACCCUGGUGUAGUGGUGUCUCCACCUGCUCUGUGAGCCUUUUGCGUGCCUCAGAGUGGACCAGGUAACCUUGAAUCUCAGGUGUCUGGAAAUUCUAGCUGAAAGCUGCCCUUCAUGCUGCUCACAUAAGCACCAGGUACUCUGAACUUGUACUGAGUCCAGUGGUUCCUCUUUUUUGUGUGUGUUGAGUAACAUGAAACUUGGCAGUGGCCAAGGGCACUAAAGUUCAAGUGCAAGUUUUGAUAUAAAUUAAGCAGUCUCAUUUGCUUUAGGACUCUGAACAGUUUGCUGAUGCUUUCUGCAAGUACGCGGCUUGUUACCCCAGCCUGCUUCUUGGAAUCGGGUUGAGCAGCAGUGAGAUUACAACAGUACCUUUUUGCCUUGUUUUGGCAGAAGGGUACACACUGAAUUCCUGGCCUUGAGCUUCAGUCUCCCCCUUAAAUCUUACCUUGGCAGUAAGACACUAUUCCUUACUCAGUAACUUCAACUCUGAAACUAAACUCUAUAUCACUAACACCUUCAAAUCAGGGUUCCUGCUGGCGCAUGUGGGAUGUGGCAUGGCCCGCCCUUUGGAGGACCUGGCAGAUGGGGAGAAUCGGGUAGGAAAGGUGCUGGGGUCCUGACAUGUGUUAACAGAUGUGGUUUGGCAUUCAAGUUUUGUUUUCCCAGUUUGAUUUUUCCCUGGGAAUUUGAGUCACUGUGAGCUGUGUGUGAACCUGUGUUUUGUGGUGAUGUGUUAAUAAAGUGCUAAAUCCCCAAAUCUGCUUGUCCUUCAGCCUCCCCACUGGGCCCAUUACCUUCAUGGUAGGUUAGGAUUUUAACUAGUACUGCAUUGUUACCUUUGGGAAAUGGUGCCACUCAAAAGCAACUUUCUAACUGGAGGAAUACCUCCUUUCUAGUUAACUUUCUGGUACUGGUGCUGUGUUUUAGGAUACAGCUGGAUUCUGAGCUCAAACGUCCUCUUCCAGAGAAUAAAUGAUAGUUAUCCGGUUGUGAGAAGAGACCCUGAUGCUCACCGGGGCCAUUACUUCCUGGGUAUCUGAUGGGGCUCACGCUAGGCAGAACCCUUUGAGUGGCUUCUGUAAGGUGAAAGAACUUCCAGUUGCCAAGGUUAGAUUCGUAUCCUGAAUCUGGCAGAGAGCGGAAUGUCACAGCUGACUUUGGAACAUAUUCUAGUGGAUCCAGUUUCAUUCAGAGGACCAAGGGAGGUGUGUAGGGGGAUGUAUUUAAAAAGACCUGGCAACUUUUUAGCAUUAUUUGUGGAGACUUCCAAGGUGAGGAUCAGGAAAAAAAAUGCUUUUUUGUGAGUUCAAGUUCUAAAUCUUAUUUACCUGUCACUUUUAAAAAAAUAGUUUAAGUGUAAGCAAAAGAAAACGCUUGGAGUUUUGCCUGGGCUAAUAAGAGUUGGUGCAAAUUGUCAUGUGCGUUUGCAUAGGAAGUUGAGAAGACCAUCUACUAAAGAGGAAGUCGUUAAACAAUUUCAAUCUGUGGGCAUUUUAAAACUCAAGCCAUCUGGUCUCUCUCUCUCUUUUUUUUAUUGGAUUAAAAAAAUAGCUGCUUUAGGAAAAUUGGGUUUUUAUCCAUUAAUUUCCAAAUUAAUGUUGAUGAAAAGUAAGAUACUCAUUAGACUAAAUUGGAAGCUUUUUUGUUCUAUAUUUGUUCUAUAGUGGUGGCUAGGAUAUGUGAGGUUUCCUCUUGGGUGUGAUGGUCACUGACCUUCUUAUGUGAUGCAAGUGAAAUCAUUUGUCAACAGAAAAUGUGUUAGAACUUGAUGAAAUAAAGCUUUGAGUGUGAGAAAUAAAGAUCUAUUUAAAAAAAGAAAA